UAAUAUAAACGUGCACAAGCAUGCCAGAAAACCAAUUUCCUAAACCAAAGCCUUAUGUUUAUCUAUCUAUCUGCAGCAGCCAGAGAGACUGUGAGAGAGAGAGAGCGCGCGAGAGAGAGAGAGAUUGACACAAGAGAGAGCGCGCGAGAGAGAUGGUACUUAUAAGAAUCAACUACAAUCUUCUCCGUAUGGCGUCCAUUUCAAUUCAUCAAUCACCUAUUCACUUAUUCUCCAAUUCGACACACUUUCUUCACCGCCUUUCAAUCUCUUCAUCCUCAGCCGCCACGUGUCUCUCCGCUUCUUCAUCCUCUUUCUCAACCGUUUGCUCGCCGGAUAAGAGGAUUAGUCGUUAUGAGAAUACGAAGGCGGUGCUCAAGGGGAUGACGUAUACUGAAUUCGAAAAGUGGGUAAGUUCACAUGGAUAUAGGCCUGGCCAGGCUUUGAUGCUAUGGAAGUGCCUUUAUGGUGACAAUAUAUGGGCACAUUCUGUUGAGGACCUCGAAGGAUUAAACAAAGAUUUCAAGAAAAUGCUGAGUAAGCAAGCUGAAUUUACGGUCUUGAAAAUGAAAGAUAUUCUUACAGCAACUGAUGGAACCAGGAAGAUUCUUUUCACAUUGGAAGAUGGACUGGUCAUUGAAACCGUAGUAAUACCUAAUGAGAAGGGUAGAACGACUGUAUGUGUCUCAAGUCAAGUGGGUUGUGCAAUGAAUUGCCAGUUCUGCUUCACUGGCAGGAUGGGACUAAAAAGAAAUUUAAGUGCAGCUGAGAUAGUAGAACAGGCCGUGUUUGCACGUCGCCUGCUUACAAGUGAAGUUGGGUCCAUAGCGAAUGUUGUAUUUAUGGGUAUGGGAGAACCUCUUCAAAACAUCGAUAAUGUCAUUAAAGCUGUAGACAUAAUGGUGCAUGAUCAAGGCCUUCAUAUUAGUCCUCGCAAGAUUACUGUAUCGACCAGUGGACUUGUACCCCAGCUGAAACGUUUCCUUCGAGAAUCAAAUUGUGCCUUGGCGGUCAGCUUAAAUGCUACUACUGACGUGGCCAGGAACUGGAUUAUGCCAAUUAACCGCAAGUAUAACUUGAGUUUGCUUCUUGAGACCCUGAGAGAGGAACUCAAAUCAAAACACAAGUACAAGGUUCUUUUUGAGUAUGUAUUACUUGCAGGAGUUAAUGACAGCAUAGAGGACGCGAAAAGGCUUAUUGAUCUUGUCCAGGGAAUACCUUGCAAGAUCAACCUUAUUACUUUUAACCCUCACUCUGGGUCUAAGUUUAAGCCUACAAGUGACGAGAAGAUGAUAGAGUUUAGAAACAUAUUAGCUGAGGGGGGCUGCGUUGUUCUGUUGCGACCAAGUAGAGGUGAUGAUCAGAUGGCUGCCUGCGGUCAGCUUGGCAAUCCAGGGGAAAUUCAGGCUCCUUUGCUACGAGUUCCAGCACAGUUCCAAGCUGCAUUAGAAGCAGCACUAUAACUCCCUUCCCCUUGCUGAUGGCAUUGAGAUCGUAUUUUUGGUAGCACUGUUACUCAAUGUUUUCAAUUUGUAUCUCCUUUCCAUGUUUAGUUCUUACAAACAGAGUUCAAGCAUAUUUAUAUUAUGAUUAAUACAAGUAAUUUUAAUUC